AUGUCAAUCGCCUCACGAGCACUCAGACUUCGUUCAGCGCUGUCAACCUUCUCCUGCCGUGCUCUCAUCUCUGCUCCACGCUAUUCGCCCCCCGUAACCCUCACAACAUUACGCAAGAUGUCGGAUAUUACUCCCAUUACCGCCAAGGAUGCCGCUCCUCCUGCCGGACCUUAUUCGCAUGCCAUCAAGACACCAACUGCCAUCUACUGCUCCGGUCAGAUCCCCUGCGACUCGCAGGGCAACCUCGUCGAGGGGACCAUCGGCGAGAAGACAGCGGCCUGCAUCGGAAACCUGAAGGCAGUCCUGAUCGCUGCUGGCUCCAGCAUCGAGAAGGUUGUCAAGGUGAACAUCUUCCUGGCCGACAUGUCUUCCUUUGCCGACAUGAACAAGGAGUACGAGAAGUGGUUUACCACCAAGCCGGCUCGUAGCUGCGUCGCCGUCAAGACACUUCCGAAGAACGUCGAUGUUGAGAUCGAAUGCAUUGCUCUGCCGUGA